GAAGAGUUAACUGGUGAAUGGAAACUUACCGGGCCUUCAGAUAUCUUAGUAUCUCGCGAUUCGGCAAUAGGACAUUACUCUGAUCGGGUACAACAUGAAAAUGUCGGCUUUAAUCAGAAUCAUUCCGAUCUACCAAAGUUUAAAAGUAAAUACGAUGCAAAUUAUAGCGCAGUUGAGCCCUUCUUUACCCAUUGUUACAAUGACGCAUUCGAAGUAAUACAGAAGAGAUUCAUUAAUGAAGCUACUCGGCCAGAAUACAACGUAAAUUCAACAGGCAGAUGCCGCUUAACAUGUCAAAACUGUCAAAAAGAAUACAAGUCACAAAUCAAGCUUCUACAUCAUUUGAAAGGGGACGGAAAUGAUGCUUGUUACUUGAAAGCGGUUCAAGUUGCCAUUAUAAGUGGUCGACUGAGCACUGCAUCUAUGUUGCUCACCGCAGAUAAAAGAAUUGAGAUGAAAAAUGAACGCACUGGUGCCGCGCUCCUUCACGAUGCAGCACAGAUUGGACGGCUAGAAGUGGUUAAACUGCUUCUUGACCGAGGAGCUAGUGUUGAAGCAAAGAACAAUGACGGAUCCACGCCACUUCACGAUGCAGCACAGAAUGGACGGCUAGAUGUGGCUAAAUUGUUGCUUGACCGAGGAGCUAGUGUUAAAGCAGAGAACAAAGACGGGUCAACGCCACUUCACGAUGCAGCACAGAAUGGACAGCUAGAUGUGGCUGAAUUGCUGCUUGACCGAGGAGCUAAUAUUGAAGCAAAGAAUAAUGACAGCCAUACACCUUUUUCUCUUGCAGCACAGAAUGGACGGCUAGAUGUGGUCAAAUUGCUGCUUGGCCGAGGAGCCAAUAUUAAAGCGAACGAUAAUGGCCAAACAUCACUUGGCUUUGCUUCACAGAAUGGAAAAGCAGACGUGGAUGAAAUCCAGCCACCCCAGUCACCUCCAAUAUCCCAAGCAGUUCGGACGUACAGCCAGGCUGACAUGGAGAUGGGCUUCUCGGUUACGUGGGAAGUAGGAGAGGACGUAUGGAGGAAAACAACACCAGAUUUCCAAGAAGCAACGGGAAUCACGCAAUUCAAGCUCUACAGGUGCGAUGGCUGGGUCUACGAGUAUACAUUGGAAUUCACCAGUAUCAAGAACUACGACUACU